AUGGUGUCCGAUAGUGUCAAUCUUGGUGCUGGUUAUGCUGCUAGUCAUGGUUCCUCUUCCUUACCUGAAACACAACCUGAUGUUACCCCUGACAGUGUUAGCAAGAAAAGGAACAAGAGGUCAAAGGCAUGGGCACACUUCACAAUUCAGAACGAUGAUCCAGAUCAUGCAAACUGCAACUAUUGUAGUGCUAUAUUAGGCUGCAAAUCCACAUCGGCAGGUACUGCUUCUUUAGUAAACCAUUUGAAGAUUUGCAAAAAGAAUCCUGCCCACAUCGGUAGCAAUCAGACCGAGCUUACCUACCAAGUUUGUGAUGAUGGCAAUUCUGUGGUUCCUUGGCAAUACAAUGAGAAAGAAGUUAGAGAAGCAUUUGCUCGCAUGAUAGUGAUAGAUGAGCUUCCGUUCAUAUUUGCAGAGAAAGAAGGAUUUAGGUUCUUCAUGUCUAAAGCUUGCCCUAGGUUCAAUGUGCCAUCUAGGACCACUAUGUAUAGAGAUAUCAUUGCUCUUUAUGAAACUGAGAAAGCUAUGCUUAGAAAGUAUUUCAUCGAUUCACGUCAAACUGUUUGCCUCACCACUGAUACAUGGACAUCAAAAAGACAGCAAAGCUACAUGGUUCUUACUGCACAUUUCAUCGAUUCUUCAUGGAACCUUAGGAAAAAAAUUAUUAGCUUUGUCUUGGUAGAUGGACACAAAGGGGACGAUAUUGGGAAAUCGUUAGAAAAAUUACUGAUUGAGUGGGGCAUUGAACGAGUGUGCACUAUUACAGUAGAUAAUGCGAGUUCUAAUGACACCUGCUUAGCCUACAUGAAGAGAUCUUUGACUAAUAGGGGCUGCACACAUGCAAGAAGUCAAUAUCUUCACAUGAGGUGUGUGGCUCACAUUGUUAAUCUUGUGGUUCAAGAUGGGCUAAAGAUAAUGUGCCAUCCUGUAAACAGAAUUCGCCAUGCUAUCAAGUUUGUUAGAGCCUCCCCAACUAGACUGGAUGUAUUUAAGAAGUGUGUGCAGCUAAGCAAGGUAGCGAGCAAAGGUUUGAUUAAUAUUGAUGUGGCUACUAGAUGGAACUCUACAUUUGUAAUGCUAGACAAUGUUGAGAAAUUUGAGAGGGCAUUUGAGCAAUAUGCACUUCAUGAUCCCAACUACAAGACCGAGUUAGAAAAAACUGGUCCAGAACCUAAGCCCGAUGCUCUUGACCAACGGGGUCCUCCAACUCAAAGUGAUUGGGUAUAUGUUCGUGAGUUCAAACAAUUCCUCCAACACUUCUAUGACCUCACGAAUAAGGUUUCUGGCACCAAGUAUGUUACAACCAACACCUUCUUGGAAGAGAUUGUUGAUGUUAACUUUUUGUUGGGUGAAUGGAGUGAUCAUGUGAUCUGUGGUGAUGAUGAAAUAUUUAAAUGCAUGGCUCUCAAGAUGAAAGCGAAGUAUGAGAAGUAUUGGGGUGAUCCUGAAAAGAUGAACAAAUAUAUAUUCAUUGCCGCCAUCCUUGAUCCUAGGACCAAGGAAUCUCAUUUCUUUAAGGACAUGAUUGAAGACACCUAUGGUUGUAUAAUAGGUAACAUAAUCUUGACUUCUUCACACAACGAAUUUGUCUCUCUUUUUGGAGAAUACAAAGAAUUGUAUGGAACCAGUUCUACUAGUGAAUUAGCAUCACAAGCUCGUGCUAGUGAAAAUGCUUCUGAAAAUUCUCUUAUGAGAUCACGCUACAACAAGAAGAGAAUGAGAUCUUGUGGAGAGGGUAGCACUAGCUCAAAUAUGAGAACUGAAUUAGACAAGUACCUAGCUGAGGAUACCGAAGAGUUGACUGCAGAAUUUGACCUUCUUGAGUGGUGGAAGUUGAAUGCUGCUCGCUUUCCUGUCCUGUCAAAAAUGGCUCAUGAUAUACUAGCAAUCCCCAUCUCAACGGUUGCUUCUGAAUCAGCUUUUAGCACUAGUGGCCGUAUUCUUGAUGACUUCAGAAGCUCUUUGACACCAGUGACACUCCAAGCGUUGAUAUGUACGCAAGAUUGGUUGCGUAGUAAGCCUAUCAAUGUUGAACUCGAUCUUGCUGAGUUGACCAAACUGGAGGAAGGUGUGGGAGCCCUUCGAUUGGACGAUAAUGGUGUAAUAUCGAUUGAUUGA